AUGACAUCCCAGCCAAACCUCACGGCUUUCAAGCCGAUUUCUCCCUCUCUGGAUGUGCAGAAGCUCAUCGAAUCGACUCCCAAAUUCAGUCACGCGUGGAGGCUUACUGCCGAUUCGAUCAAUGACAAUAACCUGGAGGAUUUUGAGAGGCUGGUGUUGUACCAGGUUGUGAGACGCGGACGUCCACUUGUGGUGGAAGGUUUCCACAAAAAGCUGAACAAAUCUCUCUUCUCGGAGAAAUGGUUACGGGAGACCUAUCACAAAAAGCAUGAAGUUGCCAGAGACUUGUCCAAGGGAAGCAACAUGCCCCUGACCAUGGGUCAUUAUCUGAAGAAUAUGCCGGGAUUGACUGAUAAAAUGACGGCCUUCGACUACGCCAAACCCGAACGCCAGAGGAUAUAUUUGAAAGACAUUGAUUGCCCCCCGGAAUGGCGAGAUUAUCUGUCGGAUGUGAUCCCUCCUUCACUAUUCUACUUGAAUGAGUCGCGGCAGAAGAAUUCCUGGACCCCGGUCGCAGCCGCCAAUGAUGACCCGAUCACCAGAGCGGGCGAUUUGAUGAGCAGCCUCCCUCCAGAGAUGCGCGCGGAAAAUCUGAUGUGCUAUAUCGGACAUGAAGGCACCUACACACCCGCACAUCAGGAGAUGUGUGCUAGCCUUGGCCACAACCUGAUGGUCGAGGCCUCCGAUGGAUCCCCCGAGUAUGGGAAAGCGACCAGACCGGGUUCGUCGAUCUGGUUUAUGACCAAGACAAAGGAUCGCCAUGUCGUGUCCGAGUAUUGGCUGUCGAUUCUCAAACACGAUAUCGAACUUGAGGAUCAUUUUGCUCAAUUGGACGCGUGGAAAGAUGCCCCAUUCAAAACCUACAUUGUGGAACAGAAGCCGGGCGACUUCAUUCUGAUCCCUCCUCUAGCUGCUCAUCAGGUAUGGAAUCGCGGCACCCGGACUAUGAAGGUGGCCUGGAACCGCACCACGGUGGACACGCUGGAGAUGGCUCUGGUUGAGGCAUUGCCCCUUGCGCGGAUGGUCGGUCGUGACGAGCAAUACAAAAACAAAGCCAUCGUUUUCUUCUCGCUCGAGCGGUAUUCGAAAAUGCUUCACCGCAUUGAUGAUACCGUGGACAAUCCCGAGGCUAAGCUGCUCUGGCAAGAUUUCCAACGACUCUUUGUCUUGUACACGAGUAUUCUUUUGUCCGAGACGUUUUCGCAAAAUGCCAAAACGAAGCAGCCCGUCGAACUCAUCGAAUUUGACAGCUAUAUCACGUGCUCUUUCUGUCGAUGCAAUAUCUUCAACCGAUUUUUGACCUGCCCGUGCUGCGUGCUUACUGGCCCCAAGGGCGCCGAAGACAACUAUGAUGUCUGCAUGGAAUGUUAUGUGAUGGGAAGAAGUUGUGCCUGCAUCUCGAGACUCAAAUGGGUGGAGCAGUUCAACUGGCAAAAUCUGAUUAGGCUGCACGACUCCUGGAGAAGACAGAUUCUGGCCUUUGAAAAAUGGGACGACACCGACCCGAAUCACUCACCAGUGCUCCAGAAUAAUGACUCUACUGGCGUCAAAGAGACACUCAAGGAUCGAUUCCCGCCUUGGAGUGUUGCGCGAGUCAAGAUGGGCAAAAAGUCUUUGGCUGAGAUCUGCCAGGAGCAGCUGAAAUUAAGACCUUGGAACGAUCCGAGCAAACCCGCGAAAGUGGUGGCAGCAAAGGGGAACGGAAACUCUAGUGAGCCCGAUUCUGCCGAUGGACGCUCUUCUCGCAAGCGUCGGAAACUUCGGUCGUCGCUCAAAAAAGAUGAAGGUAUCUGCCAUGUUUGCAGAGAAGUUGAACCCGCCUGGAAACUUGCUUCGUGCGGGCACUGUGAGUUGCAAUACUGCUAUGGCACUUUAUUCCGGGCAUUUGAUAUCCAUCCCCAGCAGGCUAUGGAGAAGUACCGCUGGCUGUGUCCCAAAUGCCAGAAAAUCUGCAGUUGCAGUGUCUGUCGAGAGGAUCCGGCUACGAUCCCAUACGAACCUCGGUGUUUGUUGCCGGGACACGACACCCAGAAGGUCGCGGAUUUCCGCAGUGUCGAGUCCUUGGUCAACUUUCGGGUGUCGAACUCGCGGUGGUUGAAGCAGUCUGGUAGUGACUACUCGCGCCGGAUCGCGCAACACCAGCAGGAGGCGCAGCGGCGGGAACAGGAAAUCGCCGAGAAUGACAAGGAGUUGCAGAACGGUCCAUUUCCUAUCAAUGGAGUCUACGAGCCCUCCCUAGAUCCGGAGCUUGGGGGACUCGACGAGAUCCCCGUCGAUCCUGCGUUGUUUGACAGUUCCUUUGCGGGCUUGGACAGUCCCGCGUCCGGAUAA